UAAAAAUAACAACAUAUAACACAAAACAUCAAAAAACUUCAUAACAUAAAUAUCCUUUUUGGUAAUAAUGACUAACAACGAAAAAAUUGACACAGAAUAAAGUUUAAUUAUACCUAUCUACCUACUUCUGACUUACAAAACGCCAAUUUCUCAAUUAUUUUAUAUCUUGAAAUGACUUACGACUAUUUCGACAAAUAUACGUUUCUUUGUGAAAUGUAUGACGAAGACGCUGAUGAAAUAAAGGAAUUAAUAUUAAACUUCUUCCCAUUUGACAAUUCGAUUCAAGUCAUUGAUUCAAAAAAAGCGAAAAAUCUGGUUAAGCGUGUUCAUUUACCGCCUUUAAAAAUCCAAAUGCUACAAAUAGGAAAUAUAGUUAAUAUAUUUUCUAAACUACUGUAUAUAAAAGACUGUGCACCUGCCACUAGAAAAACUUUAUACAAUAACAAUCAAAGUACUUUUGCUUUAAUAAAACCUGUACCUCCAAGUUCUCAUGGUAAAAUUAUAACAUUCAUAAUGAAAAAAGGUUUUCGAAUUGUUCGUAUGAAAAAUGGAAAAGUAAGCAAAGAUUUUGCGAAAGCGCUUUAUAAAAAUCUUUCUGGGAGUAAUAUGUUACCAAUCGUAAUAGAUUACAUAACAACCGGAGAAGUGAUUGGAUUGGAACUAGUUGCACCUGAUGCGGUGAAAAAAUGGCGGACAUGUUUAGGGGAAACCGAUCCUGCAACUGCAGCCCCAGGCACGCUACGUCGACUUUAUGGAGAAAAUAAAGUUAGAAAUGUUGCCCACGGUUGUAACACCCUAGAAGAUGCGGCUCAGAUGUUAGAUUUAUUUUUUGGUUAUGAAAAUGGAGUUCCCAGAAUACCUUUCCGGGCAACCUAUAAGAACUGCACUUGCUGUGUUAUCAAACCACAUGUUAUUAUUGAAGGAAAUUUAGGUGCCAUUCUUGAACAAAUUGCAACUUCUAAGCAUUUUUACAUUUCUGCAAUAGCUAUGUUUUCAGUAAAACUAGUAAAUGCUGAAGAAUUUUUUGAAGUUUAUAAAGGUGUUUUGCCUGAGUUUGAGGCAAUGUCUAUACAUUUAGCAGAAGGAAAGUGUGUUACUUUAGAAGUUAAAUGUAAUGAUCCAAAUAUGAACUGCGUUUGUGAAUUUAGAAAACUUUGUGGAGCAAGAGACCCGGAACUGAGUCGUCAACUAUAUCCCGAUUCAAUCAGAGCACUAUAUGGAAAAAACAUAGUACAUAAUGCAGUCCAUUGUACAGAUCUACCAGAAGAUGGUGAAUUGGAAGUUGAAUAUUUUUUCAAGUUAUUAGCCAAUGAAUGA